AUGGUCCUGAUUAUGCUCUUAACUGCUACAAUUACAUAUAAAGAUGUUCAAAACAUCUGUGCGUCACUCAUAAUACCAUUGGAAAGUCUUUCUGUAAUCUGGAAUUCUUCAUUUGAACAUAAAAAAAUAGUUGUAGAGGCAUAUAGAAGAAAAGAUAAUUACAAAACCUUUUCAAAUGACCUUUUGAAUUUAAUUAAAGAAGUUGAAAAAGGAAAAUUUAUUAUUUACUAUGCAAUACAAUUGGGAUGUGAUAACCUUUUUGUGAUACUAGAUCCACUUUUACCAGAUGAUGACCUGGGUAUAUAUCAUGGAGGUUUAGGCGAUAAACAAUAUGAAAAUAUUAUAUCACUAAUACAUUGCGUAUCUCCUUUAAGCAUGACAAAUUUGGUACAGCAUAUCAGACGGGCAAGACGUGAUAGUAACGAAGCAAAAAGUGUAAUAUUUUAUUCAGUAAAGAAAGAUUUAAAAACAAAUUUUGCGAUUUUGGCUGAAAAUCGUGAAAUGUAUUCUAAUAAUCAAAAUAUGGCUGAUGAUGAACGUGAACGAACAUGCUAUCUUGAUACUGAAACAUACAAAAUUCGUGAAGUUCUUUUAUUUUGUCAAAAUCAAUAUGAAUGUUGUGUUCAAUUAAUAAAUCGUUAUCAUCUUUGGAAUGGUGAUAAUAUUCCUGCUUCUUGCUUAAAUAGAAGAUUUUGUAAAUCAAAUACAAGAAAAAUUCGAGAAUCAGGGUUAACUGAAUUGGAAUCAUAUAAAAGUUGUCGAAAACCAAAAUUUGGAAAACCAAAAGAAGUGGCUAGUUAUAUGCUUGCAGAUUUGGUA